AUGGAUCCAAGUGUGAAACUAAUGCCAAAUAAUGGUGUUCCCAUUUCACAGUUGGAAUACUCUCUGGCUAUCGGUAGCUUUAUGUAUGCCAUGACAAGUACCAGACCUAAUAUUGCUUUUGCUGUGGGUAAAUUGAGCAGGUACACUAGUAAUCCCAAUGCUCAACAUUGGCAAGCAUUAAAUAGAGUGUUUAAGUAUCUCAAGGGAACCAUGAAUUAUGGUUUGAGUUACUUGGGGAUUCCUUCGGUUUUAGAAGGUCAUUCAAAUGCAAGUUGGAUAACCAACAUGGAGGACCAUUCCUCAACUUCUGGUUGGGUAUUCUUGCUUGGGGGAGGUGCCAUUUCUUGGGCUUCCAAGAAGCAAACUUACAUUACAAACUCGACAAUGGAAUAUGAUUUUUUUGCAUUAGCAGCUAUUGAUACAUGGAAAGGAGUUACCUACGUGAUUGUGAAGUGUAGCUGCAUUUCAAGAGGUUGUGGACUUGACCUUGAUACGAUCAUGAGAGGAUUGGGACACACGACUUUAUAA